UGGCGAACUCAGUGUACUCUACGAAGCCGUCGCGUCGAGUCCGCCAUCCGCGACUCGCGAUCGAAAGCUUUUUCUGUCACUGAAUAUUAACAGUUUGAGCUUUUUCUCUCUUUUAUUUUUUUUCCACCCUCUAUUCUGUCAUUUGACGAUCCUCUUUUAAAGGUGCGACAGAAAGCCGGGUUGGUUUCUAUUUUUUUUUUGUGCUCGAGACAUUUGGAAAAUUGGGGAUUUGGUUGUGGUUUUUUUCUCUCAUUUUUUUCUUCUUUAGACAUGAGUUGUGAGGUGAUUGUUGUGGUGUAUCGUACAGGGAUAUUAGGUGAUUAGGCCGCAGGAAUUUUUAAUAUCUCAUCACAAAGAAGUAAUGCAAACGCAAUGGCGGCGACCGACGCACAAAUUACGGUGGCUGCUGCGCGUUGGACCGACGAAGGCAGCUACCUGCGCGAGUUCGUGGCGAAGCACCACCUGCCGGCCGUCGUGAAAAUCAUAAAGGGCCAGUACGGAGGUUUGGGCGUACCCACCCUACCGAGUCCGAGUCUGCAAUCGACCGCGCUACUCGUCUCGGUCGGAAAAAGACAGAAAAUCGUCGCGCAAGCGGUGAAAAUCAAGGAGGGAAGACGUUUGGUGUGUGUUGGACCCAGGCUAGUGAUACCUGAAACAUACUCCGGCUACUUCGAGUUGCUAAGCGAAGAAGGGCGAGCCGUGCGUUGUAUCGAGAGUGUGGCGGAGUUGGCGCGACGUAAACCUGAAGAGGGUUGUCUGGUGCGCGAAACGAUCCGUGGGGUGCAGGCGAAGACUGAGGCGGACGGUCAGGUGAGCCCCGAGGGGGCGCGCACCAUCCCCGCCGGUGAAAUACUAGUCCCUACUGGUGAGGCUGUCUUACCAGGGUCCAAAGGACGCUACCUAAAAUGCGUGGACACGCGCGGCGACACCAUUUUGUUAGGUCUCGAGCAGCGCGGAAAGUUUUCCGCGCUUGCGCGUGAGGACAACAUCAGUGGCGUCCAUACGGCCCGGAAUCUUCUUAGUAAACGGCUGCCGUUGACUGUACGAUUAGUGCACGGCACUGCCCCCAGAGGUCUUAAGAGUCCCAGUCAUUUUGUGCCAGAACUUAGGUUAUUAUCAAUUUACGAAGAAGACCAUGUCUUCGCUCUUCCCUUACAAAAGGAUUCGCAUAGUGUAACAGCCUUACCCUUGGCUGCACCUUUAAAAUUAUUAAGGACUAAAAACGAGGAGCAAUUAAGAAGUAUGAAUGAAUUUAAUCGAUUAGUGGAUAAGUGUAUGAAGUUGGUGGCUGAAGUGGCAGAUAGAAUACAGGUUCUGGAUGGUAAAUUAGGCGACUCCAAAAAGCAAUCACCCACCCAACCGCCGGAACUUAAAAACGGUUUCGUUCUACGACGUAGCGCCUCCUCAGACUCGGCAAACCAUCGAACGAAACACUCCCAUCACCGUAAAGAAGAAAACAGGCUUCCGGUCUACAGUAAAGACUACGACGAAAUCGAUCAAAUAUACGACUACGUUCGAGGAUUCGCUCCGUUACCGAAGAGCAUACGGUCACCAUUUAGUGAUCCAUCACCGUCACUUACGUCACAUAGUUCUACUCCGAGUCAUCCAGUAUCAGAUCUCACAAAACCCGAGCCACCUCCCAUUGAAACUAUACCGACGAAGAAGCAACAAGCGGAAAAACGGAACCGGAAGACUUCCUCGACUGUGAGGGAGAAGGAGGUGGUGAAGGUGCACCAGGUACAUCAGAAAACUCCACCUGGUUUACCGAAAUUGUACGUAAAGAAUGGACAUUCGCAACGGAGUAGACUGUUGAGGCAGAAGAGCGCUUCUCCGAUGAAGGAAGCUCCUCCUAGUCCGAUCUCAAAGAGUGGCUCGCCGAUUUUUAAUAUUCGGUAUAAGUCGCUCAAUAAUUUACAGGCGAUGGAACUAGAUGGCACCCUAGACUCGAGCAAUUCCGGAGGUCGUGCGUCGGGUGAUUCCGGUGCCGGUCCGAAGCAACCCGAGAAGCGAUCCCGAAAACUGUCGAGACCGCGAAGUCUCACCAAUUUAGUGUGGGAAAUACGCGAACAUCCGGACAUUUCUAUGCCGAUCAUGGAAAAACCGAAGAAAAUCAUCGAUCCCGCUGCCAUAGUUUAUAAAAAACAUUCCAAGUACUCGAUAAGUGGGCAAAAGAGUCGAGGAGGUACCCUUUAUUUGUAAAUUUUCUAUUUUAGUGAGGGAAUAAGUGAGAUAUACCCCCCAGUCACAGCUUAGCUAUUUGUGAUUUUUGUAUACUGUUAAGGAGUUUUAUUGGGCAUGUCUGCUUCCACCCGAUGGGAAAUUUGAGUGAAGGAUUGUUUAAAAAUGUCGGUUUUUUAUAAGCACAAUUAUUUAAAUUGAAAAUUGUAUUUAAUAAUAACUAAUUAAGGCGUUUCAGGCGGAAAUAUUUUAUAUUAUGUAUUUGGCUUGUAAAUAAAUUUAAAACUUUUUUAUAAAAAAAAUAUUGUAAAACAUCUUAGUUUUGAGUGCUUCAGUAGAUGUAGAUUGUUUGCGCAAGUGCCAUCCUGUAGAAGCGAAUUUGUGUAAUAAUUAUUAUGUAGAUUUAAUACAUUUUUUAUUGUAUUGAAAAUCUUUUUUUUUUUGGUAUUUUUAGUGGAAGUGGACUGUUUCGUUUUAAAAAAUUACAUUAUAUUCUAUUAUUACAUAAGAUUUGUGAUUUGUAGGUUUUAGUUUUUUGUACUUUUUUUUUAAUUUGUGCGAUUUGAUGACUUUUAAUUUAAUUUUAAUGAAAGAUACUUGGUGUCCAUAUAUCGUUUUUUGAGUCAAUAAAUUAUAAAAUGAUGAUCA